UGUCAUACAAAACGAGGGAUUAAGUUAGGCGUCUUCACUCCUCCGAUCGCCGUUAUGGGGAUAGACCGGCGGCGGAGAGCAUCGCUGGCUCUCACCUUGAACUUCCUCGCGUUGUUCCUGGCCGUGUCGGCUCUCACCACCAGCUACUGGUGCGAGGGGACGCGGAAAGUGGUGAAGCCGUUCUGCACCGGCCCGGUCACCACCAAGCAGUCGUUCUGCAUCAGGUUCAACAGCUCCAACCUCAACGACACGCGGCUGGUGCAGUACAUCUGGGAGACCGGCGAGGAUAAGUACGUGAUGAGGAAGUUUCACACCGGAAUCUGGUUCUCCUGCGAGCAGAACAUCAACAUGACCGGUGAAAAAUGCAGAAGUUUCCUUUAUGUUGCACCUUCAAAUGAAAGAGGAGUGCUGUGGCUGUGCAUUGUUGCCGAGUGCCUGUACAUCCUCCUGCUUGCCACCGGAGGCAUCCUCAUGUCCAUAGAGGUGUGUCACUUUGGCAAUGUCAUCGACGGCCUCAAGCUCAAUGCCUUCGCUGCCAUAUUCACUGUGCUCUCAGGUCUGUUGGGUAUGGUGGCCCACAUGAUGUUCACCACAGCCUUCCAGCUGACUGUCAGCCUGGGCCCGGAGGACUGGAAACCUCAGACAUGGGACUACAGUUGGUCGUACAUUUUGGCGUGGAGCUCCUUCACCGCCUGCAUGGCGUCCUCAGUCACCACCAUCAACCGCUACACCAAAACCAUCCUGGAGUUCAAGCACAAGCGCAGAAACAUUGAGAAGAACCUGAAGAUCAAGCAGAAGCUGCUGGAGCUGGACUCUCCGGAGCAGGUGUGGGACAUGUACAUCAGCUCGGUGCCGAGCACCGCCGAGGAGCUGCUGGAUCUGUCGUCCAACGGUCGCAAGCUCUCCAACACCUCCAUCUUCCUGGACCUCAACGACCUGCCCGACCCACAGGGAGAGGAGUACUGCUAGAGGAGCUGUGUGUAGCAUUUUCAAACAUCAGUAGGUCAUUGUCAUGUUCAGUGUGGUUCAAUAAUAUGAUUACUGUAAACAAUAUGAGACCUUGGUUGAGAAUCCUGGUGAUGCUGAGUAGCACAUGUUGCUAACAUGUUAGCAAACACUUCCAAAAUCUAGCAGAU